AUGAAGGAGAGUGGUGAUGGGGAGGAGAGUGGGGGCAAGGAGGACAGUGAGGACAGGGGGAAGUGUGUGGACAGGAGUGUGAUGACAGGAAGAGCGUGGAGACAGGGAGGACAGGGGAACAGGGGGAAGUGUGAAGACAGGGAGGAGAGUGAGAACAGAGGGAAGUGUGUGGACAGGGGGAACAGGGGGAAGUGUGAAGACAGGGAGGAGAGUGAGAACAGGGGGAAGUGUGUGGACAGGGGGAACAGGGGGAAGUGUGAAGACAGGGAGGAGAGUGAGAACAGGGGGAAGUGUGUGGACAGGGGGAACAGGGGGAAGUGUGAAGACAGGGAGGAGAGUGAGAACAGAGGGAAGUGUGUGGACAGGGGGAACAGGGGGAAGUGUGAAGACAGGGAGGAGAGUGAGAACAGGGGGAAGUGUGUGGACAGGGGGAACAGGGGGAAGUGUGAAGACAGGGAGGAGAGUGAGAACAGGGGGAAGUGUGUGGACAGGGGGAACAGGGGGAAGUGUGAAGACAGGGAGGAGAGUGAGAACAGAGGGAAGUGUGUGGACAGGGGGAACAGGGGGAAGUGUGAAGACAGGGAGGAGAGUGAGAACAGGGGGAAGUGUGUGGACAGGGGGAACAGGGGGAAGUGUGAAGACAGGGAGGAGAGUGAGAACAGGGGGAAGUGUGGGGACAGGGGGAGCGUGGAGACCGGGAGGACAGUGAGGUCAGGCGGAAGUGUGUGGACAGGGGGAACAGGGGGAAGUGUGAAGACAGGGAGGAGAGUGAGAACAGAGGGAAGUGUGUGGACAGGGGGAACAGGGGGAAGUGUGAAGACAGGGAGGAGAGUGAGAACAGGGGGAAGUGUGUGGACAGGGGGAACAGGGGGAAGUGUGAAGACAGGGAGGAGAGUGAGAACAGGGGGAAGUGUGUGGACAGGGGGAACAGGGGGAAGUGUGAAGACAGGGAGGAGAGUGAGAACAGAGGGAAGUGUGUGGACAGGGGGAACAGGGGGAAGUGUGAAGACAGGGAGGAGAGUGAGAACAGGGGGAAGUGUGUGGACAGGGGGAACAGGGGGAAGUGUGAAGACAGGGAGGAGAGUGAGAACAGGGGGAAGUGUGGGGACAGGGGGAGCGUGGAGACAGGGAGGACAGGAAGAGAGUGGCGACAGGGUGGAGAGUGGGGACAGGGUGGAGAGUGGGGACAGGGUGGAGUGUGGGGACAGGGAGGUGUGUGGGGACAGGGUGGAGAGUGGGGACAGGGAGGUGUGUGGGGACAGGGUGGAGAGUGGGGACAGGGAGGUGUGUAGGGAUCGGGGGCAGUGUGAGGACAGAGAGAAAUGUGAGGACAGGGAGGAGAGUAGGGACAGAUAA